AUGAACUAGGAAAUUUAUUAUAAAGAAAAAAAAAUUUCUCCUGAUCGUAUUUUCUUUAAUAUGAUUCCAUCAUUAGAAUAUAUUUCAGUGAAAAAUACUUAGUUUUAAGAUAAUAAAACAGUAUCUGUGAUAAUAACAUUUAAUGAAGUUUCCCUCAAAAUCCAUACUGCAACCGGAAAUACACUAUGCUAAUGGCGACGGCAUGUCUGCGGAUACUACAUGUAACCGACUCUCUCUGAUAAAUUCUCGAUUAAAGUUUAUAACUGUUCACUGCAGUUAGCCCUCACUAAAGAUGGAUUAUCCAGUGCUUUCCAAUGGCAACAACAAUAGCAGCAGCAGCAGCAACAACAACAACACAUCAUCAGGACUCAAUUCCAUAUACAAAGGCAAAUCUGUGAACCAACGACUAAGGGAAUUGUAUCAAGAAGAACGUAUCAGACAACCCGAAGAUCAUCCACUUUGCUAUGCAACUCACCUACUUCCCAAGUUGGUCAAAAGGGACCGGCUUAACUGCUUGGUAUUAAAUCUCUAUCCUGCCAAUGAGGGUUAUACCCUUAUGCUAAAAGGUCGAAAUGGUAUUGAUUCUGAGACUAUCAAGCUACCAUAUGAAGAGUCUGAGUUAUUAGGAUAUAUUGAUGCUUCUGAGUUGCCUCCUUUACUUGUAGACAUCCUUGAAAAAGCUCAAGUGAAUGUUUUUUAUAGUGGCUGUGUGAUUGUUGAAGUUCGAGAUUACAGACGUUCUACUGAUGGGUGUUACGAUAGUGAAUAUAUUAUGUUGAAACCUACUAUGCAGUCGCUAUUGUGUGACAUCAACAGUAUGAUCAAUGAUGGACACCGUUGGACCCAAGAAGACAUUUUUCAGCUGGAGAGCCAACUUCUACUGGCAACUCAGGAACCCUUAUGUCUUGACCCGAAUCCUUCUGUCUUCUUUGCCACCAACCAUCAACAAUAUGAAAGUAAAAUAUUCAAUAACCCCAAUCUGAAAAGGUCAGUGCAAAAGCACUCACAGGUGGCCUUGAACCGAAAGAGGAAAUUUGCACAGGCACCAGCACCGAAAGAACUGCGAUUGUUAGACUUCAUCAACAAAAAAAGAUCAAAGAAAGGAAACACAAACCCGACUAUGAAGCCAAUCCCAGAUCCUCGGAAUUAUCGAACAUUGCAGUUAUCUCCACCACAGUCACUUGAUGUGGAGAAGUAUGUUCAAGGAGUUGAAAAGAACUCUGAAAAGAAAUGCACUGAUAACAAUCUUACAUUCGUGGAGGAGCAUGUUCUUGAAGCUGAUAAUGCUGGAACACAAUCAGUUAUUGCUCGUAUCACAUUCUUACAAAGACCAAGUGAUGAAUUUUACUUUGGAGAACAUGUAGAAGGAAGUGGUCCAGGAGAGAAGAAAUGCAGAUUUUCCCUUGGGACAAGAGAAGAUGUCGACAAGUAUUUCAAGCAAUUUAAGAAGAUUUUUAUGAAUGAGAAGCAUGACACCCUCAGCAACAUUAAGAUUACAACCAGUCAACCUGGUCACUCACCUAAGGUUACAUACCUUCAGCCUUCUUCAAGCAACAAUGUUAUGUCCACAGUUGCAAUGGCAGUUAGCCAGGACUUAAGCAAUGGUGUUUCAACAUCUCGUAAGACACAUCCCCAACAUUUGUCUGUGUCUGUAACAAUGGCAACUAAUAGUUUGCAACAGAACACGAUAAGCCCAAGCACAACAGCUGUUAGUCCUGGUAUUGGAUCUAGUACUAUUUCAUCCACACAACACUCAGCUUCAUCGCAAGUUCAAUCCCACAGUAAUCAGCCACAAAAGAUACGGCAACAUGUACUACCCAACUCCAGUCCAAGUCCAGCCUCUAGCAAUAUUUCACAGCAGUCAAGUAACCCACCAUCGAACCAAUCUGCUGGUCAGAGCAGCCAAAAGACUCCGACCCCAACGCCGACGCCCCCACCAACACCCACACCUCCACCCCUGAACCAAAUUCGACGCUCAAGUUCAACAGCCGAUUCAGUUGCAGUAGUACCUCAGAAUCAACUUCAGCAACAAGCGAACCCAAAUGCAACCGCCUUUAUCACCAGUUUUGCAGGUGGGGACAACCCAUCAUCAGCUACAGUUGGUCAAGCUGUAGCUGCUGCUGCAGCUGGCCUUACCUCUGGCAUUAACAUUGCUAAUCUAGCCAGCCUCCCGUCCAAUCUGAACAUCCAGAAUCUAGCAACAGCUGGCCUGUCUGGCAUGAACAUUGCCAAUCUACAGAGUCUCCAAAACAUGCAGGUCUCCUUAGCUAGUGGCAUUGUACCCAUUACUAUGAUCAAUAACAAUACUGGUUUGUUACAGAAUCAGUCAGCUUCCACCCUGUCCCAACCAGCACUUGUUACUAUGGUCACCUCACUCCCUCAGACAACAUCAACCCCGUCUACUGUCAACAGCCAUCCUGCCAAUUCUCAGGUCGCCAUGACCACAGGAAUGAUAACAAAUUCGGGUUCUGUACUUCUUCCACCUAUUGGACUCACCCAGUUAAUGAAAGGAACUGCUCAAAACUUGAGAGCACCAUCAAUGUCAGUGAUGCAGUUACAAAACCAACAACAGUUCCAGCUUCUAAAUCUCUCACAACAAAGGGGCUCACUUCCUGCAGCAUUGCAAGCAACUCAACCUCAGACAACAACUGUCACCACACCCACUCAAAACAACAAUCGCACUUCUGCCAGUACAGGAACUACCAUUUCAGUGAAUUCUCCUGGUCUGCUGGCUACUAAUGCCAAUCUCACUGCUCAGCCAAUUGCUGGUUUUACUCCAGUCACUGUUCAGACUGCAAAAACUGGACAACUGCAAGCAGCUAGUGGCAAUGCAGCUGCUGGUUCCAGCCAAACUGCCAUAACUCAACAGUCCAACAGUCAACAGCUGCAGUUUCAUCAACUGCAGUACAAGCAUCCCCAGUCAACCUCUUCUUCAUCACAACAGUCAAGCUCCGGUUCCAGCAAAUCAAAGAGCAAGAAACGAGCAACACCAACACCACCAAAAUCUUGACUCCCUUAUCUCAAACAGCUGGCUGUAGCAAAAACAUAUCUCUUGUCAGUGUCAGGUGUUGAUUUAGCAUAUCUCCUCUUCCCAUUCUUCCAUCCAUUCCCAAUCAAGACUUAUUAAUCAUCAAUCACCACCACUUUCAUCAUCAUCAUUAUCACCAUCAUCAGUAUCGUCAUCAUUGUUAUCAUUACAUUGAACAAUACAGAAAUAAUAAAAAGAAAAAAAAAAAGAAACACAUGACACAAAUGAACAAAACAAAAACAUUGAUGUUGUUUUAUGUGAAUGAAUUUGAUAGACUGAGUUCUUCCUUGCUAAGAUCUCAUACUACUGCUUGGUUCUAUACAACGGCCUUAUUGUUGCUGAAGAGACUGUCUGUCUGUCUGUGAUCUGCAGCCAGUAAACAUUAGAUUUAUGUCUGUAUGUGUGGUUGUAUGUAUUCAUAUGUUCAAGUGUGUGUGUAUAUGUUUGUAUGUGUUUCAAUUCUUGUGUUUUGUGUUUCAAACCUGUGAGAAUCUGAAUCAAAGAACAUUGUUGAAACUGGUGAACUUUUUACUUCGCUGCCAAUGUUUGAUUUUUUCUUCUUUAAACCUCAUAAUGUUUAUUUUUUUCCUUUCUAACUCUUUAAUGACCUUUCAAUCAAUAUUGGAGUGGAGGAGGAAAGUGAUUUUGAGAUUUUAAAAAUUUAAUCAUUAUAAGUGUGUGUAUGUAUGUAUGUUAAUGUGUGUAUGUGUAAUUUGCUCAAAACUGAAAGCAUGUGAGAGAGAGAAGGGCAAUAGAGGGAAAUAUAUAAUUAUAUUUAUGUGUGAGAAAAAUGAGAUCAGAAAAAAAUUGUUUUAUAAAUUAGAACCUCUCUAUUUGCAGUCUGAAGACUUACUGUGUAACUGGGAACCUUAAAAAUGUUUGGUGCUAACCCAGAUCCUAUUUGGUGUGCUUUCUGAAUAAGCAUCAUAGCAGGUUCACUCCUUACUAUAAAAGUAAGCUGGUUAUAUAACAUGCAUACACACACACACAACACACAAAAGGAGAAAAACAGAUUUAUGCUAUAUUUCACUUUAAAGGACUUGAGUUCAUAUGUGGUCGGGAUCCCGUGUGAUAAACCAACUGAUGUUGUUUACCACUCCUCAGCUUGGUAAAAAAAAAAAAAGAACGACAGAAUAUGGUUUUACUUUAUGAUUCUGUCACAGGAACUAAUGUCUAUAUUCCCCACUACCUUUGAGAAAUAAACAAGGUAUCUUUACAAAAGAAUGAAUAUCAGAGUGGGCCUAUACUAGUGUUUAACUGUUGCCAACCACUUGCCUCUUGCUACUCUAAGAAUUCUGAGAAGAAACAAAUGUUGUACUUUUCUAUAUUCCACUUAUAAUCUUGUUCCUAAUAACACAGUUGAUAUUGUUUGUUGUUACUAACUAUCAUGUUCGUGCCAACAAAGGAACAUCCUGGGAUUUUUAUAGAAAGAGGGUCAAUACUUCAUUCUUUUGAUAACAGCUCACUAAAAUUCCAAGCUCGCUAAUUUGCUAAAAAGAAAAUUUCAGAAUUUUUUUUAUCACAUAUCUAAACCAAAAGAGAUUGAAACAUGUUCUUCAUUUAAGCAACCUAGUUGUUUUUUUAAUAUUCACUUGUAUAUUUUCUUAAUCCCUGUGAUCCAAUUAAUUCAUUCCAUUCUGCUAGGGUAGUGGGUGGGUAGUAGCUUGGUUCCUUAGUAUAAUUCACAUUCAAGACCUCAAUUUACUACUCAGAAUUCCCUACUUUUACUAGAACUCUUCAUUACUCAUCCAACCCCUUCAGAGGAGUUGUGAAUUUUGUGAUGAAUAUUAUGACACCCCUGUCACACUGUGCCAUUAACUCUGCGACGACCCAUUAGCUUACACUUUGCUGUUACAUUCCCACUAAUGGGGCCAUCACAGUAUCGGUGACUACAAAUAAUUUUUUCUACUCAAGAGGCUCAUAACUCUACUGUUUCAAGUAGGAUCCUUUUCUUCUAUUUUUAUUAUUUCCAAAUUGUGCCAACACAGGCCGUCUCUAAGCCUGCCAAUUCUAGUGACCAUCUUUAACAUCUCUAUAAUUCACUAAAAUUUGUUGUUGAGAAUUGCAGUUUAGCUGAUUGUUCUCUAAUAACUGACACUUACAUGUAUUCCCUUUCCUUUAUCUUGGAAAAAUUUUUUUGGCUGUCUAGUAAAGAAUUUUGUUUCCAUACAAAAUACCCCCUCCAAAGAAAACCCUAAAUAUAUCAUAUUUCUUUAUUUGGAGAUAUUUCCAGCUGUAGUUAUAGCCCUACAUAACAACGAUGUAUUGAUAGUGGCUCACUGGUUACAAGUAACAUUCUCAGUUAGGCAAUUCUCUAUUUGGAAAUUCAGUUAUUUGUUAACAGUUUAGAUAAGUUUGCAGGCAGGCUCUCACUUAAACAGUAAAAAACACAGCAUAGCCAAAAGAGAAUUGCUUAUCUUGUGAUUUACUUUUGUAUGUCUCUUAAAUUUUCUGAAGUAAGGGGUGAAGAGGUUGUUGGUAUGCAUUAACAAAUAUUAACCAUCCUAAGUAAGGUGAAAUCUAUAUGAUUGAUCAUUAUAGAAUAACUAAAUGAAGGAUUGCAUCUUUUGUGUUAAUUGGUUAAAUUCAUGCUUUGGUUCAUUGAACCAGACAAACUGAUUAAUCACUCAACAUUAAACUUGUAUGUAGAGCAGUUGGCAUUUUAGCUGUACACUCUUCCCCUCUAAAGUGGAAAAACAACCAAUAUGUAGGGAAAGCUAAAUGUCUUCAGAGUUAUAUACAUCAGUAGAGUUUUUAAGUUUAUCUUCAAAUGGUAUCAUGCUCAAACAACUGCAAAACAAUUUGAUUAAACAUUUUCUUUUGCUUUUUUUCCUGUGUGUGCAAGAUAGUGAAGGUUUAGUAGAGUAAACCUCCUUAAGCCACCCAUUAUUAUUUUUUGUGUUGGCUCUCACCUCAUCAAAACUCGUCUAGAAACAAAAAUAACAAACUCACUAAAUAAGAUUUUUAAUUUAUUUUCUUAAAAAAAUAUUUGAAAUUUUGUCCACAAGGAUUUCAGAGUGUAAAGCCAUACAAUUACAGCUGCAAUCAGAUUGGAGGUUGUCUUGUUUAAGAUUUUAUGUUAACUGGGAAAACAAAGGAUCGGUAAACUGUAUACAAUAGUUUAUGGAUUCUUUUAUUAUUAUCAUCAAUAAUAAUUAAAAGAAAGCAUGUCUUAAAUCAUGUACAGACAAUUGCUCAGGCUUUGCACAAUUUGUAAAAUUACUUGUGUCAAUUUUACACCCUUCCAAUCAAAAAAAAAAAAGAGGGGGGAAAAAAAGAAGAAAAGAAAAAUCUAGUUUUUAAUGUGAAUUGAUGGUGCAUCAGACUUGAAUUUUGAUUAAAUUUGUGUGACUAGAAAGAUAUUGAGUAAUAUAUGCUGGAAUUUAUAUACAAUUUCUUUUUGUAAAUGUACAGAAAUAUAAAACUGGGCUCUGGACAAAAUUCUGAAAAUGUAUUUGGGAGUAAAAAAUUCAUUUCACAAUUUAGAAUUUUCAAUUCCAUGUAAUUUAAAUAAUUGUCCAAAACUCAUGAGGCAAAAAUCUGAGCUUUAUUAGUAAAAAUUAAAUAAAUAAAUUCCUGUCUUUUAAAAUGAAAAAAGAUUUUGGUUAUAUGCAAGCCAUUCUCAUCUCAAAUAUGAGGGACUUCAACAUAAAAUAUUACUUGAAAUAUCAGAUGUUAGAGUUUUUCAUGCUGUCCUACUGACAAUUCCUGAAAGUUCUACAGGUUAAUUAGAAAAAUAAAACAGCAGAAAGAU